AUGGAACCAGCUCCAUCCUCCGAGACAUUGGCCGAUGAUGACGCCAGCUUCGGUCCCCGCAGCUCGUCGCCUCUGACCUCGGUUCCGCCGUCACCAGACAGCCAGGCUGCCGUUAGACCGGAGGGCGAGGAUGAAGACCAGCCCGAAGGCCUCUUUGCCAGGCCUGUCCCGACCUCCGUUGAUCGCUCGAACGCAGUCCUUCAACAAUACUCCUAUGUGACCCUCUUGCCAUGGCGCGUCGCUGUCUGUACCGUCUGCCGUCUUGCUGUCGAACCAAAGCGCACCUACUGCCAUUAUGUUCAGCACCUCUCUCAAUCUCGCCCCAUCAGGGACAGGGCUGCCUUGGACAGUGCGGAGAUCGAGCUCUGUCUUCAAGAUGCGCAACUCGAGAUCGCUCCUCUCGUCUAUGCUGCUUCCGCCGCCCUUCGUCCUCCCCUCAAGGCACUUGUCUGCGCUGUUCCGAGCCCUGGCCGCCGUCACCCUCUUGCUUGCUGCUAUCCUUACACAUCCAACAGCGCGCUCAGGCGCCAUCUACGCGAGUAUCAUGCGCAUGAGACUGCUUCUCGGCAAGGCUCUCUUGCCUGCCUGUCUCGUCCUGUGCAAGCCCAACGUCUUUUUGGCAGGCGUAAUCAGCCUGGCUAUACUGCUUUCGAAAUUGCACCGUCCAAUCCGAUCAGCUAUGCUCCCUCUAUGACGGGCAUCCUCCAGAAAAUGGACUCGCUCCGGACCCAGCAUGUGCCAGUGGCAGACGAUGCGGUCGAUGUCCGUGCGUUGGACGUCUUCCAUGCCAAAGCGCACUGGCAUACGGUCACAGGCGAGCUAGAUCUCAAGGCGCUACACGCGCUCGCUCAAGUGCAAUACAGCAAACCGGACGAAUGGCUUCAACCGCUCUCCAAGGUGUGCUCUGAUCUCAUGGCAGAGAUCCAUCUCGAAGCCAUCCCAGCCCUGGAUCGCACCCUCACCUUGCGCUGGCUUAAGAUCGCCAAUGGACAGUUCGAGCGGGGCGACCCACAGGGCCUACCAAGAGAAGCAGACCCCUGA